CUGUGGGUAGGCGGCGGCGGCGGCUGCGGCCGCACUGAGGAGUCCGCCGCGGCGGCGGCGGCGGAGCGAGGCUGCGCGCGCCGAACAUGGCUGAGAAGCAGAAGCACGACGGGCGGGUGAAGAUUGGACACUACGUGCUGGGGGACACGCUGGGUGUCGGCACCUUCGGCAAAGUGAAGAUUGGAGAACAUCAACUGACAGGCCAUAAAGUGGCAGUUAAAAUUUUAAAUAGGCAGAAGAUUCGCAGUUUAGAUGUUGUUGGAAAAAUAAAACGAGAAAUUCAAAAUCUAAAACUCUUCCGUCAUCCUCAUAUUAUCAAACUAUACCAGGUGAUCAGCACUCCGACAGAUUUUUUUAUGGUAAUGGAAUAUGUGUCUGGUGGUGAAUUAUUUGAUUACAUCUGUAAACAUGGACGGGUUGAAGAGAUGGAAGCCAGGCGGCUCUUUCAGCAGAUUCUCUCUGCCGUGGAUUACUGUCACAGGCAUAUGGUUGUUCAUCGAGACCUGAAACCAGAGAAUGUGCUAUUGGAUGCACAGAUGAAUGCCAAGAUAGCAGAUUUUGGAUUAUCUAAUAUGAUGUCAGAUGGUGAGUUUCUGCGAACUAGUUGUGGGUCUCCAAAUUACGCAGCACCUGAAGUCAUCUCAGGCAGAUUGUAUGCAGGUCCUGAGGUCGAUAUCUGGAGCUGCGGUGUUAUUUUGUAUGCUCUUCUUUGUGGCACACUCCCAUUUGAUGAUGAGCAUGUGCCUACAUUGUUUAAGAAGAUCCGAGGGGGUGUUUUUUAUAUCCCAGAAUAUCUCAAUCGUUCUGUUGCCACUCUCCUGAUGCAUAUGCUGCAGGUUGACCCCCUGAAACGAGCAACUAUCAAAGACAUAAGAGAGCAUGAAUGGUUUAAACAAGAUUUGCCCAGUUACUUAUUUCCUGAAGACCCCUCCUAUGAUGCUAACGUCAUUGACGAUGAGGCUGUGAAAGAAGUGUGUGAAAAAUUUGAGUGUACAGAAUCAGAAGUAAUGAACAGUUUGUAUAGUGGUGACCCUCAAGACCAGCUUGCAGUGGCUUAUCAUCUUGUCAUUGACAAUCGGAGAAUAAUGAACCAAGCCAGUGAGUUCUACCUCGCCUCUAGUCCCCCAACUGGUUCUUUUAUGGAUGAUAGUGCCAUGCAUAUUCCCCCAGGCCUGAAACCUCAUCCAGAAAGGAUGCCACCUCUUAUAGCAGACAGCCCUAAAGCAAGAUGUCCAUUGGAUGCACUGAAUACAACCAAGCCCAAAUCUUUAGCUGUGAAAAAAGCCAAGUGGCAUCUUGGGAUUCGAAGUCAAAGCAAACCAUACGACAUUAUGGCUGAAGUGUACCGAGCUAUGAAGCAGCUGGAUUUUGAAUGGAAGGUAGUGAAUGCAUACCAUCUACGUGUAAGAAGAAAAAAUCCAGUGACUGGCAAUUAUGUGAAAAUGAGCUUACAGUUGUACCUGGUUGACAAUAGAAGCUAUCUUUUGGACUUUAAAAGCAUUGAUGAUGAGGUGCUGGAGCAGAGGUCUGGUUCCUCAACACCUCAGCGGUCCUGCUCUGCUGCUGGCUUGCAUAGACCACGGUCAAGCUUGGAUUCUGUCACUGCGGAGAGCCACUCACUCUCUGGCUCUCUCUCUGGCUCCUUGACCGGAAGCAUGCUGCCUUCAGUUACACCUCGCCUGGGCAGUCACACCAUGGAUUUUUUCGAAAUGUGUGCCAGUCUGAUCACUACUUUAGCCCGUUGAUAAUCUUUCCCUAAUUUCUAUCUUCUGUUAUUGCACUGUGAAAAUGAGAUAUAUUCUUUAAAUUAUUGUUUUACCUAUUGAAAUCACAUACUCUGCAGUAGUGGUUGAGAGACGUAACUAUCUCCAGAGGACACUCAGUACCUUUGAAAUGACUGAAAACAAAUCUGACGUUUUAUUUACUGUAGACAUCUGUAAUUCUGUUUUGCCUACGAUAAAAAUCACAUAGGCGUUGUCUUUACUAGGUGAACAUCGACGAAGACUGUUGUUCAUCUAAAACCGUGGAUUCACUGCAGAUGAUUAAGACACCGUUACUGGUGAACCAUCAACGAAGAGUCGCUUGGCAUCACCUUUUUGCUUUACUGUGUAGUGUAGGUGAAUCCAGUUUGCUUCCUAAAUUUCAGCAGGCUUUAAGCUGUGUUUAUGCCCAAGAAGUUUUUUUAAAAAAAAAAAACCCGCAAUAUUGGUAAGGUAGUAUUUAAAUGUUGAAAUCUUAAAUGUCAGCCUCCAAAAUUUCAAAAACCAAGUUCUUGUAGAAGUUUUCGCAAAUGUUGCCCAGUGUUCAGCAGAAGGGCCGUGGUCCCGAAACAGGUAACUGUGAUUUCUAAGUUCUUAAAAACAGCUGUAACUAGAGGUUUUAUCUUGAGAUGUCCCUGAAUAAUGUACUAAAGAUUUGCCUUUAAGGUUCUUCCCAGUACUGGAACAUCUGGAAUUGCAGCAACUUUUGUCUUUUUCAUAAACUUAUUUUACGACAUGCCUUCAAAAUCUAUCUUUCUCAAGUUCUUUUUAGCUCUAUUUGUUUUUAUACUUCAUCAAGCGUGAUUUGACAGUUAAAUGAAACAAAGCAAAAUGUCGGUGGUCCCUGUAAAGAGAACUCUUACCUUUGAUCUCUGACUGUGUGUGUGCCCCGCUGGAUCCCGGGACGCUGGUUUUUCAACUGAGUUUGGUUGUUGUGGUCCCUCACCUUCCUGGUCGCCUUUGUCUGUGUCUAAUGUUUCAUCUUUAGUGGCCGAUUGACUUAGCUUUAAAAUCUUUUCUGGUUCUCUUUCUUCUGUAUCUUGGUUGCUAGCCAUCCAGUUUGAAAACACUGUUCUGGCCCUAAGGGCUUUUGUGUAUUUCCAAAGCUCGGUCGGUAGGCUGUGACCUGCACUGUUGAACUUGUUAGGGCAGCGAAACCUUAAACAUUCAAAGAAUUUUCUCUUGAAUAAAUAUAUGUGUUGUUUACAUAUAUACAUAUAUGUAUUCGCACAUCAGUGCUUUUAAAGGAAAACCAAACUUUUUCUUUUGCUUUGUGCAGGGUUUUUGGUUUUUUAAGGCUUUAAAAAAUAACCCUACAUACAGCAGGGUAGGUAACAGCCCAUUGAUUAUAUUUUGUUUUAAUAAAAAUAUUUAAUUUUAAAAUCAUGUA